AUGACACCUCAUAGCUGGUAUACCGGCAGUUCAAACAAAUUCUUUCAGCAAAUUCAGCAACCACAGCCACAACAACAAUGCGUGCCCGCAUGUCAACCAGCUUGCACCACAACGUGUAUUCAAACUCAGCAGGUACAGCAAGUGCAGCAACAGCAAGUUCAAUGCGCACCAGCGUGCCAACCGGCCUGCUCGACCUCAUGCGUUCAGCAGCAACCUGUACAAGCGCCACAAGUUGUCCUGACGAUCAACGUGCCAGUUUCCGCUUCCUCUCCCCAGUGCCAACCUCAGUGCGAGCAAAGCUGCAACGUGCAGUGCGUGCAGCAAAAUCAGGCGAGUCAAUGUGCACCGGCCUGCGCGACAUCCUGUGCUACGUCCUGCCAAACGUCCUCCGUCAUCGCCUGCCAACCACAGAUGAGCUCUGGUGUGGCGUGUACCUGCCCGCAGAACUAUAACCCAUGCGGUACUUCGCAAUGCUGCCGUCGUCGCUAG